UUCUGCAACUGAAAACUAAUUAAUUACCAGCUCAGGAGGAUGUUAAAAAUUAAUGAUUCAGUUAUAAUAUGACAAUAUCAGAUGCCUUAGAAAUAUUGCUUCAUCAACCACCUCCAUUUCUUGUGUCCAAUUAGUGAAUGUGAUUCAGUUCUACUUGACCAAUCACCCCACAGCCACAGUCCCAUAUAAACCAUACCGUCCAUUUUACUCUUAACAAAACAGAAGCAGCCAAAAUGUGAUGAUGAGCACCUUGUUUUGAACGCCCCAAAAACCACCAGGAAUUCCUCUCUUUCAAACAUGCCCUCCUCGUUUUGCCACCUCUCAUAAACCCCUUUGCCCUUGCAUACCAUGCUCUUCUACAUUGUCUCUUACCCACCUCAAAAGCAUGUCUUCUUCUCCACAUGAAAUUGUCCUCACCAGCUCUCCUGACGGCCCCAUUAUUGCCUAUGAUGCUUCCUCAGGCGCCGCCCUAGCACAAUUCACAGGCAGCCGGUCACCACGCCGAGGCCUUGCAAUUGUUGGGAAGAGUUAUAUUGCUGCCUCACACAUAUCACCAACCACUGCUUCUGGUUCAGUCCACCUUUACAAUUGGUGGUCUUCAACUGCCUUCCAUAACCUCCCUGUCCCGGAGCCCGUUGCACCCCUCACCGUCACGUCUGACGGGUUGUAUCUCUUUGCCGGUGGCCUAUCAGGCAGUGUGCAUGGAAUUUCAAUCCCAUCAGGGGAUGUGCUCAAACCAUUGCCUGCACAUAGCAAGCCUGUGUCUUGCCUUGCAAUCAGUGAUGAUGAGUCACUUCUGAUUUCAGGCAGCGAUGAUGGGACCAUUGUUGUUGUCCCUAUCUUUCAGCUUGUAGGAGCCUCAGGAUAUGACAGUGUGGAAGAAUUGAUAUUGCAUAGGUUUGCUGCUCAUUCUGAUUCAGUGACUGCCAUUAUUUCUGGUAUGGGAUUAUGCAACUCCCAGAUUAUCUCAUGCUCAUUGGAUUGCACAUGUAAAUUCUGGAGUCUCUUGCGUGGAACGCUCCUGCGUACCAUUGUGUUUCCAUGCACUAUUUCAUGGGUUGCAUUGAACCCAACAGAGCCUGAGUUCUAUGUUGCAGGAUCAGAUGGUUCAGUACACAAGGGAUCACUGAAAGUUGGAAGCAGGAAACUUGUGACCCAAGGCAGUGAAUUGAUCGCGUGGACUCCAAAGCACGGUGGAGCAGUUGUAUCUGUGGUGAUGGUGAAUGGGGGAAGGAAUUUGAUAUCGGCUUCGGAAGACGGGAGUGUUUGGGUCUGGGAAGUUGAUGCGGGUCAGGUGAUCAUGGCUCUUGGAAAUGAGAUGGGGAGCAUUAGUGAUCUGGUGGCAGCUACAGGCAUAAAUUGUAGCAAAGCGUAUGGUUUUGGAAUGAGCAAUGGUGCUUACGGAUCUGGAAAUUGCCACUUUGGGUCUUCUGGCAAAGAACUUAUGAAUAUGCCAAUAAAGAAAAUAUUAGAAAUGGAAGAUGUGUUGAAAGUGGCUGCAAAUGAUAGAAACAGAGCCAUUGAUAUGCUUGAAUCUGCUAUUGCAAUGUAUGAGAGGCUCUUGGAACUCAUCCUCAAGGAAGCCAAGAGAGGUAGUCGCAACAACAAACAGUGGUGAAAGGGAGAAACAUAAUCAUACAAAUUUCUAUAUGCAAAAUCUGUUAUAGUACAUAUAUAUUUUUAUAUAAUAAAUUAAAUACA